UGUAAGACGCGAGUGGUAAAUAUUGAUGAAGUGGAUGGAUGUCCAAUAGGUUUAGGAAUUCCUCGCUCGAACUGCUCUGCGAACAAUUGGAUUAAAUAAAAGAUCUUAUGCUGAUCGAGAUAACUUCAUAAUAGUGUAUAUUUGAUGUUGUUCUUACACAAAAGGAUCUAUUCUGUAAGAGAUGGCUAUUAAUACGGACGCCCCUCACGCGACAGAUGCCCUGGGCGAGAGAGCCGCGCUGCAGUCCAACGAUUUUGGAGAUACUCAGAAACUUCUUGACAUCUCAGACAAAGAGCUGAAAAGAGAACUAAACCACUCACCUUCUGAUACACACCUCGUGAAGUGUCUUGAAGUGGAACAGAAUGAACAGACUGUGGUAAACGUUACCUCGGAGCCCCACUCUCCGUCGCGGGUCAGUUUCAGCCGCGUGUCAUCGCCCACGCCCGGAGAACAAGAGCCGUGUAGCUUCAUGUGGGUGGCCGUGAUCUCCUGCUUCUGCCCGGCCGUUCCAAUAAACCUGUUCGCGCUUUAUUUCGCACAUAUGGCUCGAUCAAUGAUACAAGUGAAAGAUUAUGAUGGAGCCAGAAGACUUGGGCGACUAGCUUUGUUGCUUAGCAUCGUUUCCAUUGUUGUGGGUUUGGCUAUAGUCCUUUAUCUGUUGAUGACAGAAUAUAAUUGGAAAUCCUAGAAAAUUGUGAGCAUUGAUGUAAAUGGGUAUUGGAGCUGAAACCAAAGAAGAAGGACGAUGAAUAUCAUGUGCAAACCUACAAAAACAAAAGAACAAACAAAGCUAGAACAUCAAUAUAUAUUGUAUACAGUGUUAAAUUUGUUUCCUUUUUUUUCUUAAUUUAAAAUGAUUUCUAACCCAUCUCGAAGGCAUUCAGCCACCUCUCUUGGUGUCUUGGCGAUUUAAGGCUUUUAUCCAACAAUGCAUUAGCACCAAACUAAUUUUGCACUAAAUCUUAAAUUACAUUUUUGUCUUUUUAAAAUGAUGGUCCACAUGAAAUAUUACAAUCAGGUAUUCAUAUUGCUGAAUUCCAUACAUCUGAACUCUUUGUGAUUCCUAUGCAAAGUGAAAUCUAUCAGUUUUAGUUCUUUUUUAUCUAUAGUGCAAGUGCAUUAUAUUAUGCUAAGGUAUUGCAUGUUGCAAUAACAAGAAUGUGACUUCUGUUCUGAGAACGAGAAUUUGUUGUUAUUUCUUUCUCUUACUGCUUUUUGAACUUUUCAAGACAGUGUUUUCUGGUGCUGUGAAGCUGGUGCAUACAAAAAUUGCCAUCUUUUUUGUUUUGUUUUGUUUUAUUAUAACGUACAUUGCAUUUUGUGUAAACUGUUAUAGCUUAAAAGGUUAAUUUAACCCCAACAUGACAAUUCUGUCAUUGUGGACUCACCAUUUUGUCAUUCCAAACUUGUAUGACUUUCUUUCUUCUGAACACAAAAGAAGAUUUUUUGAAAAACGUCUCUUUUUGUCCAUAGCAUGAAAGUCAAAUGGGUUCAGAUAUCUUCUUUUGUGUCCCAUAGAAGAACAAAAAAUGACAUAGGUUUGAAAUGGCAUGAGGGUGAGUAAAUGAUGACAGAAUUGAUAUUUUUGGGGGUAAAAUACUUAGCUUGUACAUUUCGUUUUAGAAAAGUAUUUUUAUUCCUUUUCAUUUGAUUCAUAGCCUUCUGGAAGUGCGAGUAGGAUCAUAAAGAAGCAAGGUGGUGCAAGAUGCAAGGAAUGCAGUGGGAGAUGGGCUGCACCAAUAUGGUAUUAAAUACGUGUAUUUAAUUCGUAAGAGAUGAACAAGGGCUGUAUUCAACCAAAAGCACAUGCAUGUUGCUAA